UUGGAAAUAUCGCGAGACGUCGCAGCUUCUCUCACUACGUAAUGUGCCGUGCUGCUUAUGGCGGCGCUGGUGACAGUGCUGAAAGCUGUUGGGUAUGAAGUGAAACAGAACUGAUUUUUGUACCACCUGAAACUGCUACUUCAAGUUCAGAUCACACCGAAGUAACAAUUCAAGGAAAAAACAUCCCAAAAGUUAGUAAAUCAACUGGUGCAACGAAACUCCGAAGACUAAGGAUAACAACUUCACUUCAAUAGAAACGGGGGAAAAACCGACGCAACCAGACUAAGUAACCAAAGAUCUGUGAGCCCAACUGAAACAAGAAAUUGAAGAAGACAACGAAGACAAAAAAAAUAACAACGAACCUAAGCCACAGACGACAACCAACAAAAAGCGACCUGCAAAGACAAUACUUGAUCUGAGACAAGAAGUUUGUGCCUACUCAACAGCUUUGACAAAGCACACGUCCCAACGCUGCUUCAAGCCCUUCUCAUCCUCACCGCACCUCUCUCAUCCGGGGUGCGGAGAGGGCUGCUGUCUGCUCGUUUUAUCUUUUCGUUACCUCCUCCUGUCCCUUCCUCAUCUGUUCUCUCUCUGUACUAGAUCUGUUUCUUUUGCUGUGGGAAGCGUAGCGGCUGUCCUCACAUUUGGCCUUUUAUAUAUUUUCCUUUUUAAUUCCUCAACUUCUUUUUUUGUCUCUUUUUUUUUUUUUGUUGUUGUUGCUUUUGCAACUUUUUUUUGAACACGUGCCAGAAAACUUGACAUAAGCGAGUGUGUGUGCGCGUGUGCGUGUUUGUGAACAGAAAGUCUGCAAUAGCAGUGCCACGGUUGGUGUCCCAAGACAGAACAACACAACGAGACCUCAAGAACUUGCCCCAGUAUUGAAGAUGGAGCGGGGCUCUUCCGAACCGCCUACAUCCCGUUCUUCUGCCCAUGCCUCGGCAUCCCCCACCACCUCUGCCCCUGCCCCUGCAAUGCCCACCACCCCCAUGCGCAUCCCUCGUUCGGCCUCUAUGUCCUGCCAUACGCCCCGGGCAGCAGGGGGCAAAAAGCGGCAGCGGACUGCUACGUUCCCAAGAUCAAUGAGCUUUGAUCCGAGCUUGCUUCACAACAAUGGCCACACUGCCUUUGCUAAUGGCUCAGGGGUGGGCAUGCGGGAGACCGGGGUAGUGGAGAAGCUGUUGACAUCCUACGGCUUCAUCCAGUGCUCUGAGCGCCAGGCCCGGCUAUUCUUCCACUGCUCCCAGUAUAACGGCAACCUACAGGAACUUAAGAUAGGAGAUGAUGUGGAGUUUGAGGUGUCGCUUGACAAGCGCACCGGCAAGCCCAUAGCUGUGAAGUUGGUAAAGAUCAAGCCUGAGGUGCUGCCUGAGGAGCGCAUCUCUGGGCAGGUGGGGCCUGACUUGCACGCCUCUCCCAUUACUAAGCUGCAUGGUUAUAUACAUCCAGUAGUCUCAGCCAUACCAACUCAUCUGGAUGGCAAGUCUGCACCAGGUCAGAUGCCCACUGGUAGUGUGUGCUAUGAGCGAAAUGGGGAGGUUUUCUACCUGACAUACACACCUGACGAUGUGGAAGGAAACAUACACCUUGACACUGGAGACAAAGUCAGCUUUUACAUGGAGACUAAUAAACAUACCGGCGCAGUCAGCGCUCGAAACAUUGUUCUGGUCAAGAAGAAACAAAUGAGGUGCCAGGGAGUGGUCUGUGCUACUAAGGAGGCGUUUGGUUUUAUCGAGCGUGGAGACGUGGUGAAGGAGAUCUUCUUCCACUACAGCGAGUUCAAGGGAGACCUUGAAGCACUGCAAGCUGGGGAUGAUGUGGAAUUUACCAUUAAAGAGAGAAAUGGCAAGGAGGUGGCCACCGACGUGAGACUGCUCCCUCAGGGAACGGUUAUCUUUGAGGACAUCAGCAUAGAGCACUUUGAUGGAACUGUCGCCAAAGUCAUACCGAAGGUCCCUACCAAGAAUCAGAAUGAUCCAUUGCCUGGACGUAUUAGUGCUAGGGUCAACUUCACUGAAAAGGAGCUUCCGUUUGGUGAGAAGGACACCAAGUCCAAGGUGACCCUUCUGGAUGGCGAUCAUGUGCGUUUCAACAUCUCUGUGGACCGCAGAGACAAGCUGGAAAGAGCCACCAACAUUGAGAUCCUCCCCGAUACCUUCCAUUUUACUAAGGAGUCAAGAGAGAUGGGUGUGAUCGCUGCCAUGCGGGACGGCUUUGGCUUCAUCAAGUGUGUGGACCGGGACGCUCGGAUGUUCUUUCACUUCAGCGAGGUGUUGGAAGAGAGCCCGUUGCACAUCUCUGACGAAGUGGAGUUCACCGUUGUGCCCGAAGAGGUCAGGCCAGGCAGUGAGGAGCUUGCAGAUAAGGACAUGUUGUCUGCCCAGCGGAACCAUGCCGUGCGGAUCAAGAAGCUGCCCAAGGGAACCGUGUCCUUUCACGUCCAAUCGGAGCAGCGCUUUGUGGGCCAGGUGGAGAAGGAGGCCAUGCCGGCCUCAUCCGCUGCCAAUAAGAACGCCAGCCCCAGCAAGGCUAAGGAGAAGAAAAAAGACAAGGGUAAAGUAGACAAGGAUACUGAAGAAGGUAUUAUCGGUUAUGAAGACUGCGGUGUGAAGCUGACCGUAGCAUACUUUAUCAAAGACCUGGAGGGAGCUGCAAUCCCUCAGCAAGGAGACAAGGUGGAGUUUAGUAUUAGUGAAGUGAAGCGAACUGGUCUGCAAAGCGCCGUCUCCAUCAAGAUUCUCAACCGCUCGGUCAACUCCAAGAGACUGCUCGGUUACGUCGCCACCCUAAAGGACAACUUCGGCUUCAUUGAGACGGCCAAUCAUGACCAGGAGAUUUUCUUUCAUUACAGUGAGAUGUGUGGCGACGUGGAUAGCUUGGAACUGGGCGAUACGGUGGAAUACACACUGUCCAAGGGAAAAGGAAACAAAGUUAGCGCCGAGAAGGUCACCAAAGUGGCUCCUGUUAACAGUAUUGGGGAGGACGUGGGGACAACAGUGUUACUGGGUAAAGUGACUCGCCCCUUGCGAAGUGUGGACCCAUCUCAGACUGAGUACCAGGGGCUUAUUGAGGUCACUGAGGAAGGCACUAAGGGGCAAAGCUAUCCGUUUGGCAUCGUUAGCAUGACCAGCAAAGCCGACUGCCUGCAGAAAGGGGAGAUGGUGAAGUUCCAGCUCUGCACAGUGGCCCAGACCGGGCAGAAGAUGGCCUGCCACAUCGUUCCUCAGCGCCUAGCUCUAGUGGAGAGUGUUAAAGAUCAGUUUGGCUUCAUCACGUAUGAGGUCGGCGAGAGCAAGAAGCUCUUCUUCCACGUGAAGGAGGUGCAAGACGGCCUUGAGCUGCAGGCGGGAGACGAGGUGGAGUUCUCGGUCAUCCUCAACCAGCGCACCGGCAAGUGUAGUGCCUGCAACGUGCGCAGAGUCAGUGAGGGCCCCAAACCAGUGGCCACGCCCCGCCCUGAGCGCCUGGUAAACCGCCUGAAGAGCAUCACUCUGGACGACACCAGUGCCCCACGUUUAGUCAUCGUUAGGCAACCCCGUGGACCUGACAAUUCAAAGGGCUUCAGUGUUGAGAGGAAGCCACGUCAGCCUGGUGUCAUCGACUGAGGACUGUUUUCCCCGCCCCUACUUACCUUUUCCAACCAAUAUCAUUGGAGAGGAGCAAUCGGGCUAAGGACAGGGUUUGGGUUGGCAGUCAUUUAUAUAUAGUGUCUGUGUGCAUAUACCCUCUCUCUUUCUCACACUCACACAUGCACAUGCAGACUUCCAUACACACAUGCACACCAGCCUGACAUUUUGCAGACACACACUACAGAUGCUUGGCAUAUUGGCAUGCAUAACACCUGUCCCUGUCCAGUCAUUGGAGCUCAGUCCUCUCCAUCCCCCCCCCUCAAAAUUCUUUAGCCUUCCCUCUCUUAUGUGUGGUCUACUAGCAAACUGCAGAGCUUAUUACUGUGCUCUAAUGGAGAUUCAGUUUCAUGUGUGUAUGUAUAUGUGUGUGUGUGUGUGUGUGUGCGUGUGUGUGUGUGUGUGUGUGUGUGUGUGCGCGCGCGCACGUGUGUUUGAGUGUUUUUGGGUGUGAGUGUGUCUGUGUGAGUGAAUUGUGGACAUGGUGUUUUAGAAAUGUUAAUGAGAGGGGUGAGAAAUGUGAAUGGAGACCUGUCUCGUGAGAUGAACGAACGAACAAACAAACUAAACGAAAGCAAGACAAACUGCUCUGCCUGGGGUUUUGCUCCCUCUGUGAUUUCUGGGUGAUGUAGUCUCCUCUGGUGAUGUGUUCUUCUCAACCUAAACUCAUCUGAUUCCAUGUGUGGAAAUCUGCACCUGCUUAAACCUGUCAGUUUUAUGUGCGUGUGUAUGUGUUUGAUAAAGAUAAAGAAUCAUCCUUUUUCUCUUUCUCUUUUUUUUUUCUAUACAUUUUUUUUUUCACCUGUAACUAAUAUCCCAUAUUUGGGUGUUUUUCAUAGAUCAAUCAAAGCAAAGCGAUUGUGCGUGAGAUUCUAUGCAUAGGAAGCCGCGUUCUCCCUGCUCAGUUUUUAGAGCAGUUUUUAACACCCCCUUGACCCUCGUCAACUUUGACCCCUGACCUGGAAGCACUGUGUCAUGAGGUCAAUGCUCAUGUUUGUUGUUUUGUAAACAAUGUGAAUGAUUUUGAUUUAUUAUUAUUAUUAUUAUUAUUAUAUUUUUCCGAUCGUCUCAUUUCAGUUUGGUUUUGAGUUUCUGAUUUUGGUUGGAUUUCUGGAACAUUCUGAUGCCUUUAGGUGUUCCCAGGUUCUCCUAUCCAGACCUUCCUUUCCCAGGUGCAGAAUUCCAAAUGGCAUCUUUUAUUCAUCAGUACUUUUAUACAAUGUACUUUUUUUUUUUUUUCUUUGCACAUCUUCUGCUUUCUCUGUUCUAUUUAAACUCAAAAUGUCUGCUUAUAAAAUAACUAAAGUAAGAAUAAGGUGCCUAAAAUGAUAAACGAAACAACAACAAAAAAAUUAGAUAUAUCCUCAAACUCCAGCCAACCGCAAAAAAAUAAUAAAACAAAACAAAACAAAAAAACAAUCAUAGGAUGGCUUCUGUUUCCAGUAGAAAUAACACAAGUAUGCACUCUGGUUGGUGAAAAAUAUACUGUAUGUAAUGUGUGCUUUCGCUUAGUGGGAAAUGUAAACAUCACAACAUGACUUUGAUAAUGAGGAAUAACAAAGGAAUGGGUGGCUGAAGAUCAUAUAGAAAAUACACCAAAAUCAUAAGGAUUUCAAUAAGUGUGGUUAAAGAGGCAUUGGUGGGGAUUUGCUGUGCUUCAGAAGACACAUGGAGCUGUCUGUCAGUUGAAUUUAAGCUGGAGAAUGUUGAGCUCCAGUUUAACUGCAUAUGGGGUCUCCCCUAUAUACUUUUGUUAAUGGUCUUGAAUGAAAAAAAAUUGAAAUAAACGUUUUAUGAAAAGAA